CUUUCGACAUCUCUGCUACCUCCACCUCAUCCCCUCAGAAACGCCAGAAUGUCACACGGAAAGAUUCUCUGCCUCCACGGCUUCACUCAGUCAGGUCCCCUUUUUGCUGCCAAAACCGCUGGGCUCCGUAAGGCCUUUGCUAAAGCCGGUUUCGAGACCCACUACCUCUCCGCGCCGUUGAAGCUCACACCAGCGGAUUUGCCUUUUGACGCUGUUUCGCUUGGCUCUGUCCAGAAGGCUGAAACCCCCGAUUAUCGUUCCUGGUGGCUUCUCGAUGAUGACUACGACAUGACCGAGGCCUGGAAGUCCAUCCGUGAGUGUGUGGAGAAGGAGGGGCCGUUCGUCGGCAUCAUGGGUUUUUCUCAAGGUGCGGGCUUCGCGGGCGUUGUCGCAAACAAGCUCGCAGAAUUUAGCACACAGACGGACGCGCUUAAAUUUGCCAUCUUGUACUCGGGUUUUCGCCUCAAACCUGCGCGCUACCAGAAGUACUACGAGCCGAAGUUGGCCCUCCCGACCUUGCACGUGUGGGGCGAGUUGGACACCGUUGUGGAGGAAGACCGCUCUCGGGGUUUAUGGGACGUAUGUGAAGACAGUUCCAGAACGUUGUUGAAGCACCCCGGUGGCCAUUUUGUGCCAAAUAGCAAGAUGGUUGUGUCCCAAGUCGUGGGAUGGUCGUUGAAUGUGGUGGCGCCAAAUGCGUAUGCCGAUAAGAUGGAACAGAAGCCAGAAAAAAGAGGAGAUGAUUUUUCCCAGGACUUGUUGGAUGCCAUUGACGGGUUAGGAAAGUUGUAGUCGGUGUUUUCUGACGUAAUCAGAUACAAACUUUGAGCUGGAUGGUGAUGGAGUUUCCCAGUGGUUCCAUUACGGUUAGAAUCUUGGCACUAUCACUGGAAUGAUUUCUGAGCCAACCGAAAUCUUUGGAGAAGUAUCAACCUUGAGAAGUCGUAUUCAUCACUAACUGAUGUAACGACUCAAGGACUUUAGAGCUAUGUAUCGCCAGCUCUUGUGUAUUUCCAUGAAUAGAUCUAGAUUCAAUAGGAUAGGUUAAACUUGCAGCUUUCAAAGUGUCCUC